AUGCCCGGCGUCCGCACCCUCCUCGGCCUCCUGGCAGCCGGUGUCGUAGUCGCUUUCCUCGGCUACUGUGUGUAUUUCGACCGGAAGCGGCGCGGUGACCCCGCGUUCAAGCGCCGCCUGCGGGAGAAGAGAAGAGUGGAACAGACCAAGGCGAAGGAACGCAGUGCCCAGUUGUGGGAUCCGGCAAAUGAAAAAUUGCAAGAACCUUUUCUGCAAGAAGUACAGAUUGGAGAACUUUGGUUAUCUAGAGGAGACCACAGAAUGGGUGUUGAACAUCUCAGAAAUGCUCUUUUAAUGUGUGGACAACCAGAAGAACUUCUGAAGGUUUUCAAGCACACACUCCCUCCCAAGGUAUUUGAGAUGCUACUUCACGAAAUUCCUCUUAUCUGCCAGCAAUUUGAGGCCGACAUGAAUGAUUAGGAGUACUUGGAGGAUCAUCUUGAUUGA